AUACCUCCAUACUUCAUCCAUAAUAUCAAAAUCAACAUCAACUAUAACAUACCCUAUAUACAAACAGAAAUAAUGAAACCAUCCCUCCUCCCCCUCCUCCUCGUAGCUUCCACGGCCUCCGCCGGCCCAGCAGCUUACGGCGUCUGUCAGGCCGGAUGCUCAGCAGUCGUGAUGGCCUGUUACUCGGCUGCUGGCUUCACCUGGGGUGCGACUGCCGGGGCAUCUGCGCCUGCUAGCAUCCUCGCAUGUAAUUCGGCUUAUGGGACGUGUCAGGCUGCUUGUGCGGCGGCGUUGUUGGCGCCGACGCUGUGAUUGAUGAUAUCGGACCUCUUGAGAAUGGUAGUUAUUGGACUUGAGACUGAUUGAUUGUUGGUGACGGGUGCUUGCUAUCAGCUUACUGUAGUCGACAAUCUAUGUCUUUUAUCAAAUGGUUACUAUGUGGAAGAGCAGUUGGACUUGUGGAAAAAUUGUGCCAUGCAUUCCUUCUUCUUUUUCUCUUUAAGCAUGGGCUUUGCAUUAUCAACGGUUGAUAUGUGAAAACCAAGGCAGAAUGAUUUCUAUGUUCGGUC